UUGAUAUAGAAAUGAAUAUAUCACUUAUCUACUCGUGUGGCAAAUUAUAUUCGUUUAAAUAAAAAGUUACUGCUUCAAUUUUAUCAUAUGAGAUCAGAUUUGCAAACAAUGGCGCCAGUUCCAAAAAUUUUUUUUCUAAUCUUUGUCGUAGUUUCUAGCUACGCCGAUGACUACCAAAUUAACAAUAAACGCUUUCCAUCCAAUUUUAUGUUUGGGGUGGGAACAUCCUCUUUGCAGAUAGAAGGUGCUCCGAAUGAAGAUGGAAAAACAGAAACAAUGUGGGAGCGCUACAUUGCGGAUCAUCCGGGUUAUGUCGCAGAUGGUUCUGAUGUAAGCGUUGCUUGUGACUCUUACCAUCAGUAUAAAAGAGAUGUGGCUAUGGUCAAGGAACUGGGUGUCACUCACUACAGAUUCUCUCUUGCUUGGACAAGAAUUCUGCCCAAUGGUGUUAAUGAUUAUGUUAAUCCACUCGGAGUCCAAUACUACAAAAAUCUCAUCAAAGAACUGAAAGCUAACAACAUCGAACCUGUAGUAAGCAUUUUUCAUUGGGAUAUUCCUCAGGUUCUUCAAGAUAUGGACGGCUUCUUAAACGACUCAAUCGUGGACUGGUACACAGAUUACGCUAGAGUUUGCUUUGAAGAAUUUGGAGAUGAUGUUAAAUACUGGGCUACUUUUAACGAACCUAAAACUUAUUGCAAUGGUGGAUACGGUUACGCUUAUAAUCCCCCCCAAAUUCCUUCACAGGGUCUUUUGGAAUAUGUUUGCUCACAUAACCUACUCAGAGCACAUGCGAAGACCUAUAGAAUGUAUGAGCAAGAAUUUAGACCAAGGCAAGGAGGAAAAAUAGCCAUAGUUCUUGAUACUUAUUGGUAUAGAGGUGCCACUGAUUCCGAAGAAGAUAAAACAGCUGCCGCAACUGCUCUACAUUUCGAUCUUGGUUGGUAUGCCAAUCCAGUCUUCAAUGGUGACUAUCCGGAAAUAAUGAAAUCCCGUAUAGCUGCCCGUAGUGCCGCCGAAGGAAGAGCACAGUCCCGUCUUCCAGAAUUUACAGAUGCCGAAAAAGCUGCUUUGAAAGGUAGCGCUGACUAUUUUGCCCUAAACACGUACACUGGAAACCUGGUUAAAAGUAUUCCCGAUCCUCCUAUAUUCAAUAUUCCAUCUAGGUAUCAAGAUGUGGGAGUUCUGACUUACACUGAUCCAAAAUGGGAAUCUAGUUCUUUGGAUUGGCUUAAGGUAGCUCCUUGGGGUAUUGUUGAUCUUUUGAAUUUUAUCAAAAAUAACUACAAUGAUCCCGAUAUUAUGGUUACAGAGAACGGGCUCUGUGAUAAGGGAGGACUAGAUGAUCCUCGAAGAGUCAACUACCAUAAACUUUAUUUGAGUUAUAUUCAUGACGCAAUGAUCAAUGAUCAAGUCAAAGUUUUCGGAUACACCGCUUGGAGUCUUAUGGACAAUUUCGAAUGGGCAUCAGGUUAUACGCAAAAGUUUGGUUUAUUUAGCGUUGACUUCAGCAGUCCUAAUAGAACAAGAACCAUAAAGCAAUCUGGAAAGUUCUACCAAAAUGUUUGCCAUACCAGAUGUCUAUUAGAUGAAGAUCAAUGUGCAGAUUAUUAAUAAAUUAAUUAUUGUAA